GAAAACCCUACCUAUAAAAUGAAACUAUCACCUACCAGGUUUAGCGCUACCGGGUCUCUGAAGCUCAAACUUCGUUUGCUGAGUUCCGUCAUUUACUCGCACCAUGUCGAGAAGGAAGACUAGAGAGCCUAAGGAGGAAACUGUCACCCUUGGCCCUGCUGUUCGUGAAGGAGAGCAUGUCUUUGGUGUCGCUCACAUUUUUGCUUCGUUUAAUGACACUUUUAUUCAUGUGACUGAUCUGUCUGGUCGGGAAACACUUGUUCGCAUCACUGGUGGUAUGAAGGUGAAAGCUGAUAGAGAUGAAUCAUCGCCUUAUGCUGCCAUGCUUGCUGCACAAGACGUUUCUCAGAGAUGCAAGGAACUUGGCAUUACUGCUUUACAUAUAAAGCUUCGGGCUACUGGUGGAAAUAAAACCAAAACUCCUGGACCUGGUGCUCAAUCAGCUCUUAGGGCCCUUGCUCGUUCAGGCAUGAGAAUUGGUCGUAUAGAGGAUGUUACUCCAAUCCCGACCGACAGUACUCGAAGAAAGGGUGGCAGGAGAGGAAGAAGAUUGUGAUUCAUAGUUCGACAGUCUGAUGUUCUGGUUUCUGCUUUUUUAAUCAAUAUUUUCCCCGUUUUGAUUUGAAUUAUUGAAGUCAGAAUUAAACCUUUUUUUGCUGCACUUUAUAACUAACUAUUAAUUGGUGUCCAUGUGUGGGAUUUCAUUUCAUAUGCCAUUAUAUGAUUCUAGUCAAUUACAUGAUGAAA